GUGGCGGGGGGGAAGGGGGAGUUUACGGGAAGCACCUGAACGCAGCACAGCAUUAGCAGCACUCCAGCGGCUGAAAACAGACACGAUGCAGACUAUAAAGUGUGUGGUGGUGGGCGAUGGCGCCGUGGGGAAAACUUGCCUGCUCAUCUCCUACACCACCAACAAGUUUCCCUCCGAAUACGUCCCCACUGUUUUUGAUAACUAUGCAGUGACAGUGAUGAUCGGCGGGGAGCCGUACACUCUGGGACUGUUUGACACUGCAGGUCAGGAGGACUACGACAGGCUGCGACCCCUCAGCUACCCUCAGACCGACGUCUUCCUCGUCUGUUUCUCUGUCGUAUCGCCCUCCUCUUUUGAGAACGUCAGAGAGAAGGUGAGUUCAGUCAUUCAGUCGCUGUUUGUCAUUUCCAUCUUGAAGUUAAGGUACAAAACUCUGUGGGGACUUGGAGAGUGGUACCAGUUCCACCUCCUGGGCACUGCCAAGGUGCCCUUGAUGGAGGCCCCGACGGCUCGCAGGGCGCCGCUCUGUGGCAGCCUGUCACUCCACCAUCUCUCCACAUUUGCAUGUCUUUAA